AUGAAAUUGGACCAGAAAGGCAAAGUCCUUGCUGAAUACAUUUGGAUUGACGGAUUCAACGGCCUUCGAAAUAAGACAAAGACUCUUAGCGAAGCCCCCAAGAGCGUCGACGAUCUUCCCGAAUGGAACUUUGACGGUUCAUCCACCGGCCAGGCUCCGGGCGACAAUUCUGAUGUCUACAUCCGGCCCGUGGCCAUGUACCCCGACCCAAUCCGUCUAGGCGAGAACGUCUUGGUUAUGUGCGAGACCUGGGACCCCGAUGGAACGCCCAACAAGUUCAACUAUCGCCACGAGGCUUUCCGAUUAAUGGAGGCCAACGCCGCGCACAAGGUGUGGUUCGGGUUGGAGCAAGAAUACACUCUCUUGGCCGCCGACGGUUGGCCGUAUGGCUGGCCCAAGGGUGGCUUCCCAGGUCCCCAGGGACCGUACUACUGCGGUGUUGGCACUGGCCGUGUCUACUGCCGUGAUAUCGUCGAGGCACACCACAAGGCCUGCAUGUAUGCCGGUAUCAACAUUUCGGGGACCAACGCCGAGGUGAUGCCCGCUCAAUGGGAAUACCAGGUUGGUCCCUGCGAGGGUAUUGAUUUGGGUGACCAACUCUGGGUUUCACGAUGGCUUCUCCACCGUAUCGCCGAAGAAUUUGGCGCCAAAGUCUCAUUUCAACCCAAGCCUAUCCCGGGUGACUGGAAUGGAGCUGGCCUCCACACCAAUGUGUCGUCCAAGGAGAUGCGAGAAGAGGGUGGCAUGAAAUACAUCGAGGAGGCCAUGAAGAAGUUGGAGAAGCGCCACGUCGAGCAUAUCAAGGUCUACGGCGAAGACAACCACCUGCGUAUGACCGGUGCCCACGAGACAUCAAGUAUUGAUAAGUUCACCUGGGGUGUUGCCGACCGAGGGUCAUCUGUCCGCAUUCCCCGAGCCUGUGCCCGAGAAGGCAAGGGUUACUUUGAGGACCGACGACCAGCAUCCAAUGCUGACCCAUACCAGGUCACUGGAAUGAUUGUUGAGACGUUAUACGGAAGUCUGCCAGAGGAGAAGAAGUAA